AUGUUCAAGGGCAACUUUUUCACCAUCCUUUCGCUCACAGCAGCGUUUGGAGCACUCGCUGCACCAAUAGCUAUUCCAUUCACUGGCUUGACUGCUGAUCUUCACAUGAAGAGAGGUGGUAUCAUUCCAGUGCUUGAGAUAAGGGACUCAAUCGCUCAAGCUCAAAGUAAUGAGCUUUUGGUCCGCGAUUCUCGUGUCCAGGGUCAUAAACGUGACGAGAUUGUUGCUCGGGAAGCUGAUAUCGAAGCCCGCGACUCUCGAGUGCAAGGCCACAAACGUGACGAGCUCGUUGCUCGGGAAGCUGAUAUCGAAGCCCGCGACUCUCGAGUACAAGGUCAUUGA